CAGGAAAUCCUGCACUACCAAAUCCAUCAGGCAGGCAGGAGGACAGACUCCGCCCACUGCAGUCCGUCUGGCCAAUGAGAGUGCAGCUGAGAGUGUAGAGGUGAUGAUGCCCAUGAUGAGAGAUCAUUUCAUCGAUGCAAAGGGUGGAACAAAUCUGAUCAUUAACAGUUAUGGGCCCGUGAAGCCUACCAUUGAGAAGAAGAGAAGAAAGAGAUGGAGUUUCUUUAAGAAAAAUGAAAAGGAGGUGAAGAAAGUCUCCAGUCCAGCAUAUUCCUAUCAUCCUGGCACCACCCUGCUGUGCUACACAGAAACGUCUCCAGAAAACCCACCGACAACUCUGCAGGGUCUGUUUGGGCCAUCAGGUGGCGACAGCGAGGGCUCGCAUUCCAGCGAGGGCAGCCAUGAAACCAGCGACUCGGGACGAUACUCUCAUGACGAUACAGAAGCAACAAACGUGUCUAUCAGAAGUCGCCCUGCUUCCCUACAGGACGAUGGGAACCAAACGCCUGUUCACGAAAAACAGCUAGAAACUACACUUCAGGAACAGGAAAUGACAGAUCUACAUCCUGUUUAACCAAAAAACUACAAGAUCUACAUCCUGUUUAACCAAAAAGCUACAAGAUCUACAUCCUGUUUAACCAAAAAACUACAAGAUCUACAUCCUGUUUAACCAAAAAAACUACAAGAUCUACAUCCUGUUUAACCAAAAAACUACAAGAUCUACAUCCUGUUUAACCAAAAAAACUACAAGAUCUACAUCCUGUUUAACCAAAAAACUACAAGAUCUACAUCCUGUUUAACCAAAAAACUACAAGAUCUACAUCCUGUUUAAC